CGAGCCUGUGCUACCAGCCAUCGCCAUGCAGGCUUCAUUUCAGGGCUUGUCACUGGGCGCCAAGCUGCAUCGGAAUGGCCGCGUGGCUCGUGGGCAGCGCAUGGUGAUCCGUGCGGAAGCAAAAGACAUCAUUUUUGAUAAUGCCUCCCGCCGCAAGAUGCAAGAUGGCAUCAACAAGGUGGCGGACGCGGUGCAGGUCACCCUGGGGCCCCGCGGUCGCAAUGUGGUGCUGGAGCAGGCAUACGGCGUGCCGCAGGUGAUCAACGAUGGCGUGUCCAUUGCCCGAGCCAUUGAGCUGGAGGACCCUGUGGAGAAUGCGGGCGCCCAGCUGAUCAAGGAGGUGGCGGGGCGCACCAAUGAUGCCGCUGGCGACGGCACCACCACUGCGACGGUGCUGGCGCGCGACAUGAUCCGGUACGGCCUGCAGAACGUGACGGCAGGCGCCAACCCCAUCUCUAUCAAGCGCGGCAUCGACAAGACCUGCAGCUAUCUGGUUGAUAAGCUGCAGGAGCAUGCGCGGCCGGUCAAGGGCGGCAGUGAAAUCAGGAGCGUGGCUGCCAUCUCUGCCGGCAAUGACGAUGAGAUUGGCCAGAUGAUUGCCGAUGCUUUGGAGAAGGUGGGUGCCGACGGCGUUCUUGCCAUUGAGACCAGCAACUCGCUGGAGACAACGGUGGAGGUGCAGGAGGGUAUGGAGAUUGACCGCGGCUACAUCUCCCCCCAGUUUGUGAACAACAGCGAGCGGCUGCUGGUGGAGUAUGAGAACGCGCUGGUGCUGGUGACUGAUAUGAAGAUCGAGAAUGUUAAGGACGUUAUCCCGCUGCUGGAGCAGGCACCCGGCUUUGGCGAGCGCCGGAAGGCCCUGUUGCAGGACAUUGCCAUCGUCACCGGCGCUGAAUUUGUGGCCAAGGACCUGGGCAUGAAGGUGGAGAGCACCACCCUGGAGCAGUUGGGCGUGGCACGCAAGCUGACCAUCGCCAACAGCAGCACCACGCUGAUUGCGGACCAGGCUAACAAGGAUGAGAUCAAGGCACGCAUCGCGCAGAUCAAGAAGGAGCUGGCGGAGACCGACUCUGUGUAUGACACCGAGAAGCUGAGCGAGCGCAUAGCCAAGCUGGCGGGUGGUGUGGCGGUGAUCAAGGUGGGUGCGGCCACCGAGGCGGAGCUGGAGGACCGCAAGCUGCGCAUCGAGGACGCCAAGAACGCCACCUUUGCGGCGGUGGAGGAGGGCAUCGUGCCCGGCGGUGGCGCCGCGCUGCUGCACCUCUCUGAGCUGGUGCCUGCGUUCAAGGAGGAGCAGCUGAGCGACCCCGAGGAGGCGAUUGGCGCAGACAUCGUGAUGAAGGCGCUGCGGGCGCCCUGCCGUGCCAUUGCAGAGAAUGCGGGGGUGGAGGGUGAAGUGAUUGUUCAGCGUCUGCUGGGCCAGCCGUUCGAGAUUGGGUACAACGCGAUGUACGACCGCAUUGAAAACCUGAUUGAUGCCGGCGUGCUGGACCCCGCAAAGGUCACCCGCAGUGGCCUCAUCAAUGCCUGCUCCAUCGCCGGCAUCAUGCUCACCACCCAGGCGGUGAUGACGGAGCAAAAGCGGGAGAAGAGGCAGGUGCCCGGCAUGACUGCAGGUGGCAUGCCAGGCGGCCUGACCAUGUAAUGGUGCAAAAGCAGGCCUCAGCCAUGCCGUGUGUGCUUUUCUUCGCUCCCAUUUCAUACAAACAUGCUCAAUGCCAGUCCAACUCGAACGACACAGGCACACAGUCAGAGUAUUUACAUUGUAACUGUCGCACAGGUGUC